CUCCGGUCUGUGCCUCCAAGAUGACAAAAAAAAGAAGGAACAAUGGUCAUGCCAAAAAGGGCUGCAGCCACAUGCAGCCUAUUUGCUGCACGGACCAUGCCCGAUGUGUGCCCAAGAACAAGGCCAUUAAGGAAUUCAUCAUUCGAAACAUAGUGGAGACCGCAGGCGUCAGGGACAUUUCUGAAGCUAGUGUCUUCGAUGCCUACGUACUUCCCAAGCUGUAUGUGAAGCUACAUUACUGUGUGAGUUGUGCAAUUCACAGCAAAGUAGUCAGGAAUCAGUCUCGUGAAGCCUGCAAGGACCGAACACCCCCACCGCAAUUUAGACCUGCAGGUGCUGCCCCACGACCCCCACCAAAACCCAUGUAAGGAGCUGAGUCCUUAAAAGACUGAAGACUAUUCUCUGGAGAAAAAUUAAAUGGAAAUUGUACUUAAAA